CUAAUGUCCCCCAUGCAGGGCAUGGCUGGAAAGUUCUUAAUGGAUACCGAUGCUACGCGACGUCCAGCCCGCCUCAACGUUGCCCAUAGACUAGCGCGAGGCUUUUUUGAUGAUGCCCGUGACAGCUCUUCCGAGUCCACGACGCGUGGAACUCAUACUCAUUCCUCUGGACGCCCACACUGUUUCACCGUUCUGGAGUUCACGUGCACUCCUUGGUCAUCUCUUGUCCCCCUUUCGUAGCUCUAAGAAUGAUGGUGAAGCAACCGAACUCCAUCAACGGCAAAAGCGAACCCUCUUCCCUCGUCGCAGUCCUCCUGCUGUCGAAGUACCUGCAGUACGGGACAAACAAGCGUUGUUUGUCGCUCGGGGUCCAGAACAAGAUAAGGCGCAGCAGCAACAACCUCAUCGCCUAGCUCAAGCAUUGGCAUCACAGACUCAGCCUACCGCAUCCUCGACGUCCACAGCACCCCCUGCUCCUGACCCUAAUACUACCAAACCAGGUGCACCAACCGUGAAAUCACGAAUCUUCUCGGUGUUGGCCCAUCUCGUGCUUUCUGUCUGCUGUGCAUCUGCUCAGUAUACUGAUGGUCGUCGAUGAAGAUACAGCCUGAGGACAGGUCUUCAUAUUCGGUGUAGUCUUUCGCUCCUGCAUCAAUCACGUCCAUUUAAAGAUCACUUUUCAGUUAGUUUUUACAUGACCUCCUUGCACUUGAGUUGACGUCAGAACUAUCCUGUAAACUAGCCUUCUCCGUUGUCUCCACGUCUGCAGUUCUGUUUUACGAGUGCCUAAUCUAGAAGAGAUUGUGAACAUUCUUACGAUAGUCCGUCCUGUUUUAUUUAGUCUACCUUAGUCAGACCAUGUAGAAGGAAGACGGUCGUUCCUUCUUGAUUAUGUAUUUUAUUGGACUUUUAUGGUAUUCUACA